AUGAUCCACUCGACGCUUUCCCGCAGGAUGCCGUCCGCGUCGGUAUGCCUCUCUGCAAGGGCAAAAGGUCGCCUGGCGUUGCGAGGAGCCGUCGGCCGCUGUUGGCUUCACGGCCAUGCCGAUGCCCCGGCUCGUCAUGACACCCGCCUCGAGGACAUCCGCAACAUUGGCAUCAUCGCCCACGUAGAUGCUGGCAAGACGACCACGACAGAGCGGAUGCUCUACUACAGUGGUGUCACGCAGCGAGUCGGGGAUGUGGACUCUGGAAACACCGUCACCGACUUCUUGGAGCUCGAGAGGGAGCGAGGCAUCACCAUUCAAUCGGCCGCCAUCACCUUCCACUGGCCCUUGGCCCAGAAUUGUCCACCCGGCACACAACCCAAGACUGUCAAUUUGAUUGACACCCCCGGCCACCAGGACUUUAGAUUCGAGGUCGAUCGAUGCCUCCCGAUUCUUGACGGCGCCGUCUGCAUCAUAGACUCGGUCAAAGGUGUCGAGGCUCACACCGAGCGAGUCUGGGCUUCUGCUCACGAGCUCAACAUUCCGCGCGUCGUGUACUGCAACAAGCUGGACCGCGAGGGCGCCUCCUUCAAGAAGUCGGUCCUUGAGGUCGGCGCCAGGCUCAAGGGCUGGCCGCUCGUCUGCCAGAUACCCUGGUGGGAAAGAGAAGAAUUUGUGGGCGUCAUCGACAUCAUCGAUGGCGUGGGAUAUCGAUGGAAAUCUGAAAGGCACAAGGUUCGAUACGGCCCCGAAGAGUUGGCGGAGGUGCUCUCGAGCUCGAACCCGGCCCUGCUUGAGGAGGCACAACUCGCAAGGCAGCAUUUGAUCGAGGGCCUUGCUGAAUUCGACGAGGUAGUCAUGGAUGAGUUUCUGGCUGAGGAUGCAGAGAUCCCGGCGUCCCUGCUAAAGCAGGCGAUCAGAAGGGCAAUCCGCAGCGGCGAUGGUCGUCUCAUUCCCGUUUUCGCAGGAUCCAGCUUCCGCCACAUCGGAGUCGAGCCGUUGAUGGACGCCAUAGCCGAUUAUUUGCCCUGCCCGUCUGAGAGACCAGACGUCGAGGUGCGGCUUGGACCCUUCAAGCAUCGGCUUGGGAACCUUCUCGGAGAGCAAGGCGGCCGUGAAAAUGUUGCCUCGGUCGCGUCCGUCUUCAAAGUAUUCAAUCACCCCAGAGAAGGCGUCAUCAGCUUCGUGCGCGUCUACCACGGAACGUUGACGCGAAACGCAUCCACCUUCAACGCCAACAUGAUGGUUCAAGAACGACCCAUGGGCAUACUCCAAAUCUCAGCGUCGAAGACGCAAGAGGUGCAAGAGCUCCGCGUCGGACAGAUCGGAGCACUCAAGGGACUUAAAAGGGCAAGAAGCGGAGACACAUUGAUUACCACAAGAACCGGGAAGCCGCUCGUUGAGCGCCUCCGCCACAUACAGGUCCGGCCACCAGAGAUCCCACCCCCCGUUGCGUUCUUGCAGGUCGACCCUUACGGAAACGUCGCGGCACAGCAACUUCAAGUGGCUCUGGAAAACGCCUCCCGAGAGGACCCGAGUCUACGGUGGACUCGAGAUCCCAAGACUGAUCAGUUCACAGUCCAGGGGAUGGGCAAGCUUCACCUGGAUGUGUCCGUCUAUAACAUGAGGCAGAGGCACAAGAUAGAUGCCGAGUUUGGGCAAAUCGAGGUUGACUACAAAGAAUGUGUCACGAUGCCCACGCAACCGCAGUACGCCGUGUUUGACCGUGCAAUAGCCAGCAAGCCUGGAAAAGCUUCAUGCACCGUUACGCUGGAGCCGAUGGAUGAGCACCAAAGCCAGGGCCCAGGAGAAUAUGGCUUCGAAAGAGACGGCAACGUCUUUGACAUUGACAUACCAGUGUCGCUAAAAUUUGACGCGGACGAGGCUCGUCAGCAGCUCUUGAAUGGCGCCAUCGCCGGCCUGGCCCGGGGCCCUCGACGUGCGUCCCCGGUUCACGGUUGCCACGUCAGGGUUUCGCUCGACGCGUCCGACGGUGCGCUGGAGAGUCCAAGUGGAGGCCAUUUCAGCAGCGCGGCAAGAACGGCCGUACAGGCGGCCCUUCGCGAGGCAUUCGACAAAGGUCAGAUUGGCAUUCUAGAGCCCAUUAUGUUGGCGCACAUAACGUGCCCAGAGGCAGCGGCAGGAACGGUGCAGCACGACAUCACGGCCGGCGCCGGCGGCCACAUCCUCGAGGUCACAGAUCGGUCAGCAGAGUCAACAGGAGACAACCUCAUUGAUGUGUCCAGGAUCUAUGCGCCCCCUGAUCCGUACGAGUCGGUGACGUCGCUCAGAGGCAAGCGGUCGACGAGUCGCAUGGUGGAGAUUGUGGCCAAAGUGCCAUAUAAGGAGAUGCUGAAUUACGAUGAUCAUCUACGCAGCAAAACGGCUGGCCGUCACUCCAUGACAAUGUCUUUCGACUCGUUUGCCAAGGUCGUCGGGCAUAGGGAAAAGGGCCUUUGA